AUGCACGCAGUAUACAUAGUGGUGAUCACAGCAAGCUUCUAUUGGUUAAGCAUCUUAGCUCUAGAAACGCUGGAAAAGGCGUAUGGCGGGAAAUUCGCCUGGCAGAAAUAUGACGCUUUUGAUGAAGUCAACGAUCGGAUAGUUGCUGUGGAUCCAGAAAACUGUCGGUCUCAGUCCAGGGACAAGCUGUUGCUAAGGAAGGAUACGGUGUCCCAGAUCCCCAAAUACAAUCGUCUGCUCUCCACGGCGUGGUAUAAAAACCGGACGUCGCUCGUGCAUCUUCACAACAUGGCGCUGAACCGCGCCUUCUUCUACAGCUACAUCUUACAGAAGAUGAACGACACCCACUCCUUCCACGUCAGCCCCAACUGGAUGUACAUGUACAUGUCCACCACGGCAGACGUCAACGCCAACCCCAACAUGAUCAACGGCAGCGCCAUCUACUUCGACACCAACUGCAGCUACCCCAACUGGUACACCACGAUGCCCUUCAACAGAACGCUCAACCUGUUUGCACCGAAGGCGUGGAGGUGGGAUGAUUACAACGACCAGGACAACUACCUUAGAGAACCCACCAAAAAGGUCGUCAUGGUAACGGAUAUGGGGGCGGGCCGUAACUCCAAUUACACACAUCCGGGCUACAAGAUGAAUUCUUGGUACACAAAAUGGCUUCCUGAUGUGGCAGCUGAUGCGGAUUCGUUAACAAAAUUCACGUACACUAUCGGCAUAAAGUAUUCCAACGAAACGGGGCGAUUCACCCAACAAGAAUUUCUCAAUUCUCAUUUCUUUGGCCCAUCGUCUCCAAGCCAAUCGGAGAAGGACGAGCGGAUGCUUCCGGUUCAGUUCACGCAGCCGUACUUCGACUGCAGCGCCGCCAAGAAGUGGGUGCUGAGUGCCGUGUCUCCAGUUGUAGACUACAUGCCUCGCUACUCCAACUGGACGCAUCUCCGUCGACAGAGGUUUGUCGCUGUUAUUGUGAUGGACAUCGAUUUCUACAACGUAGAUUUCAACCCGUGUCGAGUGAGCGCGGGUAACCCUGGACCCAGCUACCUGGCGGGUAUUGACAGGUGUAAGAAAGGAACCGGCUGCAAGCAGGUAAGUGGGUUCGGUUUUACACGUGGUGGCUACAAGUGUAAGUGUAAGAGCGGCUACCACUACCCGAAAUGGAUCAAGCCGGUCUACCAGGGAUUCUACGUCGAACAGGCCACGGAGGACGAGUACAAGAAUGGAUUCAACUGCUUACGCACUAGAUAUCUUCACGUGCACCCGCAGAUAGAUGCUCUAGUAGGAGUCACGUUCGAAGGUGGAUCCACAACGCGUACUACUGGCGGAGGAGAAAGCAAACCCUUAACGAGAAAUGUUCAUUCCAGGAGAACACGCUCGGUAAAUGCAACAGAGGAAGAUGUUUAUCCAACCAAUCAGAUGCACAGACCCUUUAUUCCACCCAAUCGGAAAACAAGAAAGUUGGUUUCUCGGCUGCCAGAGGAGAAACGCAAGACAGUGUUACGUCAGAUGGUCGACUCGCCAAAGAAAGAAACACACAACCAUAAGAAUAAAGAUACGUGGGCUAAAUACGUUCACGGUAAAGUAAAAUACAGCAGCAAGAGGAAGAUUAAGAUUUUGAGGAAGAAGUGGCUUAAGGUGAAGAAUGUGACAGAUCACAGACGACAGAAGAGAGCUUUUAAAGGUCCAUUUGACCAGGUGGCCUUCGAUUGCAUGAAGCGGAUCUUCCGGCACAAGGCGAGCGUUACGGCUCACAACUGCCACACCAAACUAAAGAACUUGUUGUACUUGCCGGGAGACGUGGGUUACGGGUUCGACAGCCAGUUUGAGACAGAAGGAAGAACAGCUUUACGUCUGGCUCACUUUGUGAGUAACUUUCUUCAGAACACGUCGCCAAACGACAACUUUGGUACUCUGCGUGGAGGUGGGCGUCUGCACAUGGAACAUCUGUUUGGAGAAGUGCUCGCUAACGUCAUGGCCAACCACAAGAUCGUAUCUAGCGGCAUAUUCUGGGACACACACCAGUUUGUAAACCAAGAUGAUUCUAUUAGAGAAUUUUUUGGUCCUUUGGCGUACAAGAAGCAAGGCAGCUUCUACAUCAUUGACUCUGCAGGACUACCACUGCGCUACGCAGAUGAAGACUGGUACAGCAUAUCAAAAUCCAGAUGGUCCACCAACGUCAAUACUCUUGAAACGUACAAGAUGAGAUCCAUGGUUAGGUCCAAUCCAGAGGGAGCCAGUUCCGUCCAGUUUGAGUAUUUCCCAAUGAGCUACAAGGCCCCUGCAUACAAAGAUGGCUUCUGGACUCGGCCGACAUUUAAAUGUGAUGGUCGCGUGGACGAGUGGGUUCUCACCUACGUCGUUCCCUUCUUUGGUCUGGGUGGACUCAGAAAGAAGAUCAAGUUUAAGGGUGUGGUAACUGUGGACGUUCCUCUGGACUUGCUGGAGAUUGACCAGUGUCCGAGUCCCUUCUACGUGGCAAACGCCUUCAAGAACACCGCAAGAUGUGACCAGAUUUCUACAUCGUGUAGGAAGCAGAAUGGAUUUGCGUUCCAGCGUGGUGCCUACCGUUGUACGUGUCGCCAGGGCUUUGAGUUCCCACACAGAUACGGCAAGUUCCGGUUCGAUGGGUCGUUAAUGGAGUUGGAAUGGGAAAAGAAAGAAAAGGGUUUAUUCAGCAGAUUCGACUGGCUGAAAUGUCGUAUAGCUGGUUCUGAAACGGUUGUUAUUCAUCGGAUGCUCUUAAUGCUAAGCACAGGUAUUUCCAUCGCGUUGAGAUACGUUGUGACAUCAUAG